GCAAAAAUCCGUCUUAAAAAAAGCGGUAAACAAAACCCAGAGGGAAGCUUUGCCUAAACCCCAGUAUUGGGUUGGUUCCCUGCACUCCAGCUUGUGGCUCGGAUUUGGGAAUCAGAAUGAAAAUCGCAGUAGAAGGUUGUAUGCAUGGUGACCUCGACAAUGUCUACAGAACCCUCCAACACUACGAAAAACUUCACAGCACCAAAAUCGACCUUCUCCUCUGCUGCGGCGACUUUCAGGCUGUGAGGAAUGAGAAGGAUUUAGAGAGUUUAAAUGUGCCUCGAAAGUAUCGGGAAAUGAAGACCUUCUGGAAAUACUAUUCCGGCGAGGAAGUUGCUCCGUUCCCCACAAUAUUCAUCGGUGGAAAUCACGAAGCUUCAAAUUAUUUGUGGGAACUUUAUUAUGGAGGGUGGGCAGCACCUAAUAUAUACUUCUUGGGGUUUGCUGGGGUAGUCAAGUUUGGAAACAUUCGAAUUGGUGGGCUGUCUGGAAUUUACAACCGGCACAAUUAUUGCAAAGGGCACUAUGAGAGGCCUCCUUAUAAUGAGAGUACUAUCAGGUCCAUAUAUCAUGUUCGUGAGUAUGAUGUCCACAAACUCAUGCAAGUUGAGGAACCAAUUGAUAUUUUUCUUUCACAUGAUUGGCCUGUUGGCAUCACUGAUUGUGGGGACUGGAAGAAACUUGUUCGGGACAAACCUUUUUUUGAGAAGGAGGUUCAGGAAAGAAAUCUUGGGAGUAAACCAGCUGCUCAAUUGCUAGAAAAACUGAAACCACCUUAUUGGUUUUCAGCUCAUCUACACUGCAAAUUUGCUGCUCUUGUUCAGCACGAGGAAGCUGGUUCAGUGACAAACUUUCUUGCCCUUGACAAGUGCCAACCAGGACGCAAAUUUCUGCAGGUUAUUGAAAUUGAAUCUGAGCCAGGCCCUUAUGAAAUCCAGUAUGAUGAAGAAUGGCUAGAAAUAACUCGGCGAUUUAACUCUAAUUUCCCUCUCACAAAUAGAAGUGCAAAUUUUUGGAAUGUACCUCUUGACAAGCAAGAUUGUCGUCAAUGGGUCAGGAGAAAUUUACAAGCAAGAGGGGCUAGACCUUUUGAAUUCACCCAGACAGCUCCACCUUACAAUCCCUCUAACUCUGUCCCAAGCGGUACCUUUCCUGAAUACAUUCGGAAUCCUCAGACAGAAUCUCUUUUGCAGUUUCUGGAACUUCCUUACCUUCUUGAUAACACGUCAGAAUCAUCACAAGUACCCAGGAGUCCUCUUCCAUUGAUCCGUACAGGUUCUCUUGAAGAUAACAGUGAAGACAUUCCCAUUGAUGAUGUAGAUGAUGUGGAUGAGUUGGAAGAACUUGCUGAAGAUGCGGUGGAUACUAAAACUGAAAAUAUUUGAAGCUCCUGUAGUGUAGUCGUAUUGCUUUCUGUCAGUUUCAAAAUAUUUUUGCUGAUCAAUGACAUUAGGUUCUCUCAGUUGAAGUUUAUGUAAUCGAAUUUCAUGCAUGGUCAAUCAGGUUGGUCUGGCCUCGUCUUCCAGCCCCUCUGACCUCUUUUUUUCAAAUUUUUCAUUGUUUUAGGCCAGUUAGUUUUAGACUAUCUUUUAUUCAGUGUCCAAUUUCUGUAAGGGUGAGCAAAUCACAUAUUGGCCCAAUAAGAACAAGAGAUAUACUGACUUGUGUAACAAU